AUGGAGAUGAGGGAGGCGCGCGGACGUCGCGUGCGUCCGGGCGGUGCGUCGGGCUGCAGGAGAAGAUGGCGGUCUCCACAGACAAAUUAUGAAAACAGAAUAUAUAGCCUGAAAGUAGAAUGUGGACCUAAAUACCCAGAAGCACCUCCAUCAGUUAGAUUUGUAACCAAAAUUAAUAUGAAUGGAGUAAAUAAUUCCAGUGGAAUGGUGGAUGCACGGAGCAUACCAGUGUUAGCAAAAUGGCAGAACUCAUACAGCAUUAAAGUUGUACUUCAAGAGCUAAGACGUCUAAUGAUGUCCAAAGAAAAUAUGAAGCUUCCACAGCCACCAGAAGGACAAACAUACAACAAUUAAUUUUAGUGGAUUUAAAACUUGUCUUAAAUCAACAACCUUCUAUUCAUGUUAAUGUCUUGAUUAAAUAUCACAAUGCAAAAUACCCA